CCGGCGCCGAGCGGGGCCGGGCCGAGGCCCGGGCCGAGGCCCCAUCCGAGCGGGGCGCGGUGCCCGCAGGUGCAAGAUGCCUGUUGGCAUCGUAGCUGGAUGCAGUUUCUAGUCUGGAAAGUCCUUAAAGAUGUUUCGCAGCUCCUGGAAGGCAGAUCCUGGAACGACAGUCCAUCUAAUACGGUCUUUUUCCCUAAACUGCAGCCACCAGGGACUGGCAGUAGCAGGGUAGUGUCCCGGUUUGGAAACGUCGCUUUGGUGUCUCCCAGGAGCUGCGAACUGACUGCCCCGCGGUGAAGUCGUGCCCUUCUGCAGACCCCUGCUGCCCUCCGAACGCUGCAGCCAAAGAUUCCUCUGGCAUAAAACAGAGGAAGAGCUGGUGCCCGAUGGAAGGUGCGAUCUGGCGGCGGCCGAUCUGUUACGAGGCUGCCAGCUGAAGAACUUCAGCAUUCAAACUCCAGAAACGGGUUACAAGUCACCCUAGGAAUUAAACCAGCAAAUAUUUGGGGCCGUCUGAGGGGUAAAUAGCAGGUCAUAGGCAACAUGCAGGAGUGGAACGUGUUAGCUUCAUAAAGAAAAGAAAGUUCUGCUGUUGCUUUCCAUCUCUUCCUAGUCCCAGAGUUGCUGUGUUGUUUCUGAGUCAUGCUGUGGUAGCUGCUGAAAACUCCUGAUAUUGGUGAGGAUCCCAUAGUAAAUUCAGCAUGGAUGAUUGGGGUCAAAUUGGCAAAAGCAUCGUUGUUUAUACCCAAUCCAGCAAAAGCAGCAUCUGUGAAAAGUUCUCCAUAUUAUUUACUCAAAGUACAUGGCCCUGCAUUCUGAAGUCUGAUGACAAGAUGGCACCAGUUCUCUUUCUAGAUCAUCAUCUGCUGAACAGGUCAGGAGCUCCAGAAUACCGCUUGGCGUAUCUCUGUGAUGACUGUAGGAACACAGCGGUGUACCUGAAACCUGCAAAGAGUCUUGAAAUGCUGAGUUUUCAUCUGUAUUCAUCUUUUCUACUGGGAAAUCGCUUGAAUUUCAGCCGGGGCCAGACGCAGGAGCCGGCCUGCGCUUCCAAAGGCGCAGCGCUCACGGAGAGCGAGGGGACGGUGCCGCAGGCAGCCGCUGCUGUAUGUCCGUGCUGCUUUCAAAAGCAAGAGCCGGGCGAGGAGAGCAAAGCCGAUGAGUGAGCAGACUUUAUAUUCGGGUUUACAAGUAAAUCGAUUAUUGUCAUAGCUGCAAUAAACUGAUUACAGACAGGAGAGCUAGCUGAUGUUAUAGAAAACCUGCUAUUAAAAAUGGUGUUUCUGGACUUGCUGAGGACACAGAAAAAAACUAUUAAAAGCUCUUAUUAACCCA